CUACCUCUACUUUUUUAUCCGUGCCUAUAUAAAUAGGGUUGGUAGCGUCCAAAACAAGUCUUUGGUCACAAUUCACGUCAUGUAUUCCAACGCCGAACACGUCGCCCCUACGGCGAUUCUGAUCCUAAUCCUGUGCGUCUUGAGUACGGAUCAAACGCUGUUUUCCCGGAAAAAAUCGACUACACCAGCUUUGCCUUUAGAUAAUGUUGCCCUUCCAUCAGGGCCAGUUCCACAAAAAGAAACAUCACAUUGGUGGCAAAGAAAGCAUAAACCGGCAGAAUCUAGUGAAAAUGCUGUACCAAAUCAAGUAGCAGUAGCAGUACCUGUACCAAUACAACAAAAGUUGCAAUCUAUCUUUGAAACCCAUUUUAAUUCUGACGUGAAAUGGGUACCAUGCCUGUGCCCAGUGCGUAAAGGUGAACAUCUACAAAAGCAUCAACAACAACAACAAAAACAGCCUCAACCACAACCACAACAACGACCACAACAACAACAACAAUACGGAUCUUCCACUCAAUCACCGUCCGACCACUCCAACAAUGACGUACCGCGUUUCAUUUUCUCAAACUACCCAAUUGAGGCUUGAAGAAAUAUUUUUUCUUAUUGUAACUUGAUCGUUUAAUUUAAUUUAUUUUAAUCGAAACAUUAAAUUAUUUAUUUAUUCACUAUAAUGAUAUUUUUAUUUUUUACUUAUUACAAAUAAAUAUGAUAAUAUAUAGGUAAUAUGUUUCACAAUCUGUAAGCGAAAGUGAUGUGUUAAAUAGGUGGUUAUUUAGUUUUAUGCAAAGAAUCUAUCCGUUAAUGGAAUUUCAUGACGUGCGAGUGUAUUUAUUAGAAGUUAAUGGCGUUAUUUCCGAUUCAAUCGUUAUACUGCGUCACUGAGAUGGUAAUAAAAACAGAUUGUUCGAAAACAAAAGGAUUUCAAAGGUUGUAGAAACGUUUCUAGAAGGUUUUAUCUACAUAUUGUACAUUUUAAAUAAUUAAGAUUAUCAUUUUAC